GUCAGUGCCGUCCAAUUUCAGGCUGGAGCCGCAGCUGCAUACUGCAUUUCCCUGAAGUAUUACAUGAUUUCCACUCCUUGAAAACUUUAUCAUCUUUGUGGCAGCGGGUCAGAAACCAAUAUGCAGAGCAAGGGUACAAUUAUAUGCAUCCAACAUCUUUUGAGGUUUCUUCUGCUCUGCGUGCUUAUUGGAAAGUCACAUACCGAAGAAGACAUCAUCAUUACAACCAAGAAUGGUAAAGUCAGAGGGAUGAACUUGCCAGUUCUCGGUGGCACAGUAACAGCCUUUCUUGGAAUUCCCUAUGCACAGCCACCUCUUGGUAGACUUCGAUUCAAAAAGCCACAAUCCUUGACCAAGUGGUCCAAUAUUUGGAAUGCCACAAAAUAUGCAAAUUCUUGCUAUCAGAACACAGAUCAAAGCUUUCCAGGCUUCCUUGGAUCAGAGAUGUGGAAUCCAAAUACUGACCUCAGUGAAGACUGCUUAUAUCUGAAUGUGUGGGUUCCAGCUCCUAAGCCAAAAAAUGCUACUGUGAUGGUAUGGAUCUAUGGUGGUGGUUUUCAAACUGGAACAGCAUCUUUAAAUGUUUAUGAUGGCAAGUUUCUGGCACGAGUUGAAAGAGUUAUUGUCGUUUCAAUGAACUAUAGGGUGGGUGCCCUUGGAUUCUUAGCUUUACCAGGAAAUCCGGAGGCACCAGGGAAUGUGGGCUUGUUUGACCAACAGUUGGCACUUCAGUGGGUCCACAAAAAUAUAGCAGCCUUUGGUGGAAAUCCUAAAAGUGUGACUCUCUUUGGAGAAAGUGCAGGAGCAGCUUCAGUUAGCUUUCAUUUACUUUCUCCUAGAAGUCACCCAUUGUUUACUAGAGCCAUUCUGCAAAGUGGAUCUUCUAAUGCCCCUUGGGCAGUAACAUCUCUUUAUGAAGCUAGGAACAGAACAUUGACCUUAGCUAAAUGCAUUGGUUGCUCUAGAGAAAAUGAGACUGAGAUUAUCAAAUGCCUUCAAACUAAAGAUCCGCAGGAAAUUCUUCUGAAUGAAGUAUUCGUUGUCCCUUAUGAUAGUCUUCUCUCAGUAAACUUUGGUCCGAUUGUGGAUGGUGAUUUCCUCUCUGACACACCAGACACACUACUCCAACUUGGACAGUUCAAAAAAACCCAAAUCUUGGUGGGUGUCAAUAAAGAUGAAGGAACUGCCUUUUUAGUAUAUGGUGCUCCUGGUUUCAGUAAAGAUAACAACAGUAUCAUAACUAGAAAAGAAUUUCAGGAAGGUUUAAGAAUAUUUUUUCCAGGAGUGAGUGACUUUGGACGGGAAUCGAUCCUUUUCCAUUACAUGGACUGGUUCGAUGAUCAGAGAGCUGAAAAUUAUCGUGAGGCCUUGGAUGAUGUCAUUGGGGAUUACAAUAUCAUAUGCCCUGCCUUGGAGUUCACCAAAAAGUUCUCAGAGUUGGGAAAUAAUGCCUUUUUCUACUAUUUUGAACACCGAUCCUCCAAACUUCCUUGGCCGGAAUGGAUGGGAGUGAUGCAUGGUUAUGAAAUUGAAUUUGUCUUUGGUUUACCUUUGGAAAGAAGAGUCAAUUACACAAAAGCUGAGGAAGUUUUGAGUAGAUCCCUAAUGAAACGCUGGGCAAAUUUUGCAAAAUACGGUGCAUUUCAAUUCCUUGCAUCAGGUUCCUUAAAAGAAAUCAUCGAAGAACUCGUAUGAAAAAUAUUUUCUGAUUUUAUUUCCAAAAUACUGCAAAGCAUCUCUUAAGCAGGGCUACAGUGGUACAAGCCGUGUGAAUAAACGCAUGCCUGCUCAUAGAAAGUGAAGAGCAAAAUGGUGAUGGGUUUGACCCUCAGAUUAACCAAAAUACAGUUUGCCAUUUUAUCCUAUUGUUUUCCUUAAUAAGAUUGUCAGAGUUAUCAGGUGAUGCAUAUUGGACAAGAGCUACUCAUGUUUUGCUAAGUUGUUUUCCACUUGGGCUGUCAUAUGGCUGAUAUUAUAGAAUCAGAGACUUUACAAAAGAACAUAUUUUUCCCUCAUGUGUUAUAAAUAGUGUGGCAUUAUGUCCUGAAGAAGAGUCUGAAGAAAAUGGUCUGUUGAAAUACACUUCCUAAUUUAUAUAUUUCCUAAAUAUACAAAUGUGUGUGUAUAAAAAAUAAGAUGUUUUUAUGUGAAUAAAUUUAAAAAGUGGAAAUUUGGGCAUCUGUUUUUAAAAGGCGUGCUUACACACACUCAUAAAUUGAUGGAUGCAUUAACCCAGUCUGACAUGCUCUCUUUUCUAAUUGAAAAGGCUGUUGAUAACUGUAUGAUUGCUUUCUGGUUUUCUUUUUUCAUCCUCCAUUUGAAAUUCAUUGUACUCCGUGUUAUUGUAUGUAUUUUUCUACAAAGUACUUGUAUGAUAUAAUUAUCAAACAUUUUUGAUACUUAUCCACUGAAUAUAAAGUUAAAAUUUUUUCAUCUGGCACUAAGAGGCAUCUGUAAUCCGGCUGCAACUCCUACUCUCCAACAACCCCUGGCCACUUGGUGCUUUGACCAGUUAUCUCGUGAAUGCCAAUGAUGCCAAGCUUACCUGUACCUUAGAGCCUUCUUUUUGCCCUGUUCCUGUUUAGGACAUCUACCACUCUCCUUUGUAAUGUCACAGUCCUGUUAUUUUUUUAAGGUCCUCAGCAACAAGUUUCAUCAAGCAUAUCUUUAAUUCCUAGAGUUGUAAUUGCUUCAGACUGCUUUUCACUCUCACAGGAGUUAUUGACUGUGCCUUGCCUGUAUUCUAUCUUGCAUUGUGUCCUGAGUCUCCUAAACUAGACUAAACUCGCCUCUUGAAAGAGCAACUGUGGUUUUAUUGGAUACUCAUUAAAAUACUGACUUGGGUAUAUAUAAUACUACACAGAUAUUUAGUUAAUGAUUUAAUGAGAACAGGUAAAGGCUAGUAUGAGUAAGAACUAGAAUUCUUAUAAGAUACAUGGCCUAUUAUAUUAUCUGCAGCUGUGCAAUAUCUUAUGCUUUUUCAACAUCAACAUCAACCUAAAUUUCUUCUUAAGAAGGAGCAUCUUAUUUCUAGAGCUGCAUUACAACUACUUAUAUCCCAUUCUGUUCUCUCUUUAAAGGAUAUGUCCAUAUGAAAUCAUUCAAAUAUGUUUUAAUUCUUUCAUACAAUUCUAGAGAUUGUAAAUAUUUUAAGGAGAAAUAUUUC